CACACAGGCAGCCCGCCGCUGGAUUCUCCUAAUCAAAAACCCUCCUAAACUCUCAACUCAACCUCCAUUAGCAGUAUCAGAUAAAAAUGGUGAGCAAAAGACAGAAGGAAGCUCGCAAAAAAUUCAAGGCCGAGAACCCUGGAUUGUUCCCCAAGCCAGAGCCUACUCCCCCUAAAGACCCAGACAAGGUGAAGAAGAAGAAGUUUAAGCGAAAGAAGAAGGUAGAAUCGAAAGCCCCCGCCGAUGGGUCCAGACCCAUCAAAAAGGGGCUCAGAAAACACCCACUAAGGGUACCUGGUAUGAAGCCCGGUGAGAGCUGUUUCAUCUGUAAAGGGAAAGACCAUAUUGCCAAGCUUUGCCCUCAAAAAGCUCAGUGGGAAAAGAACAAGAUAUGCUUGCUCUGCCGAGGCCGGGGGCACAGCCUGAAGAACUGCCCUAACAAGAACGAUGAGACCGUGGAUAUAAAAAUGUGUUAUAAUUGUGGAGAAAGUGGGCAUUCACUUGAUAAAUGCCCCCAACCUCUUCAAGAUGGAGGAACGAAAUUUGCCACAUGCUUCAUUUGUAAUGAGACUGGGCACUUGAGUAAAAACUGUCCUAAAAACUCUCAUGGGAUAUAUCCCAAGGGUGGUUCUUGCAAACUUUGUAAUGGGGUUACACAUUUGGCAAAAGAUUGUCCAACCAAAAACCAACGAACACAUGAUUCCGCAGUUGCUAGUAAAGCUAUCCGUGCCUCUACGGAGGGAAGACCAAGAGGACAAGUGAUCAAAUUUACAAGUGGCGAUGAUCUUGAGGAUGAUUUCACGGCAGAGGACAAAAAUGGUGGUAUAAAAGACGAGUCUUCGGAACCAAUACCGAGUUCUGCUUCUGAUUCCCAAGAAAGUCAUAUAAAAUCAAAGAAGAAACAAGGACCCAAAGUAGUAAAUUUUGUUGGAUGCUUCCCAAAAGUUAAGGAUCUGUCAUCUGCUAUACUCAUUCAUUUCCCACUUUCUUUCUUCUCUUUCUUCCUCAUAAUUUUUCAAGAAAAAAAAAAAAACCAAAGCAUCUGUUUCCGUCUCUUUCAUUUGAGGAAAAAUCAAAACAUGGCGAAUGCAGCAUCUGGAAUGGCUGUGAGCGAUGAGUGUAAACUCAAGUUCUUGGAGCUGAAAACAAAAAGGAACUACCGAUUCAUUGUGUUCAAGAUCGAAAAUCAAGAAGUUGUGGUAGAGAAACUAGGAAGCCCAGGUGACUCCUAUGAUGCCUUCACGGAUUCUCUCCCUGCCAACGAAUGCCGCUAUGCUGUCUAUGAUUUUGAUUUUACCACCGACGAAAACUGCCAGAAAAGCAAGAUUUUCUUCGUCGCUUGGUCACCUGACACAUCAAGGGUGAGGAGUAAGAUGGUGUAUGCAAGUUCUAAAGAUAGAUUCAAGAGGGAAUUGGAUGGCAUUCAAGUUGAAUUGCAAGCAACCGAUCCUAGUGAGAUAAGUCUUGACAUCGUAAAAGGCCGAGCUCUUUAAACACUCUCAUCAAUAUGGCUCUUUUUAUGGACAAUUUAUUACAUAAUUUUAUGAGCAGGAAGUUUUUUCAUCUUUCUAAUAAUUAAUUUAUUCUUUUUCUUUAUGCAUGGUUGUUUAUCAACCCCAUGUAGUUUAAUGUAAUAUUAUUAUGUAAACUGUUCUUUUUUAAGGAUGACCAGUCCUUGCUGUUUUAUGAUAUUUUUUCUUUUGCCACUACAAAAAA